AUGACUGUCAAAACUGUAGGGUAUAUUGGUCUCGGUAAUGCCGGUUUUUAUCUUGCCGGUGCCGUAGCCAAGGCUGGAUUCCGUCUAGUGGUGGAUGAUUCAGAUCCCCAAAGGGUGGCGCAGUUCGUCAGUAAUUUUCCUAGGUCCAAAGCUGGGCGAGCGACGAAAGAUGGGUUCAAAGAUGUCGACGUCUUGGUGACGAUGCUGCCGAAUGGCAAGGUUGUGCGAGAUGUGCUUUUGGGGGAUGGCGGGAUUUCGAAGCAGUUGAAAAAUGGCACGGUGGUAAUUGAUACCAGCUCUUCAUCCCCAUUCGACACCCGCCAAUGCGGUGCGGAGCUCAGGCAGCAUGGUCUCGAGCUCAUUGACGCUCCUGUUACCCAGGAACAAAUGCAUGCAAUCAGAUAUGCUGCAGUGACACUGAUGAUCGGACAUGACUCUGAUAAGGGAUACAAAACUGCGCUACCCGUGCUACAGGCAAUGAGCCAGCACGUCUUCGUUAUGGGAAGGCUGGGAGCCGGCCAUGCCAUGAAAACAUUGAAUAACUAUGUCUCUGUCGGGAGCAUUCUCGCUUUAUGUGAUGCUCUUGUGGCAGGGCAAAAAUUCGGGUUGGAUCCAAAAACUAUGAUUGAUGUGCUGAAUGUCGGCACGGGAAGGAAUUUUUCAACGGCGAAUGCAUUUCGAGAAGAAGUCCUCCCACGAACUUUUGACUCAGGAUACCAGCUUAGGCUACUAGUCAAGGAUACAAAGAUUGCCAAAGAGGUUAUACAGGCCAGCGGUCUGUCGACACAAUUGCCGGACAUGGCAAUUGAGUGUCUUUCCGACGCACUGCGUCGCGUUAGACCUACUGCAAAUCAUGAAGAGUGCGUCAAGCGGUGGGAGGAAGUCGCAGGAGUUCAGCUGAAACAGAGUGACAAGCCAACAGACCGGCCGCCCAAUCCUCGAUACUUCACUUCCAAGCUAUAA